GGAACUUGUGGCUCAAAUUCCACUCUCAGUGCUGACCUGGCCCUCCCUCCUUUCCCACUCUGUUAAACCCUGAGAGAACUGAGAAACAGAGAAGCAGAGGGAAGGUAAACUUAGGAGGAGGAAGGAGGGGUGAAACAGGGGAAGGAGAUGGCAGAGAAAAGAGGCAUCGCCGCCGCGAUCAAGCUCUUCGGGAAGACGAUAACAUUGCAGCGAGAAGGCGGCGGGGCAGGAGAUAAGCCUCAGGGAACUGCUGCGAGACCUCACGAGGAAACAGCAGACUCGCGAGAGAUGAAUGAGUCUUCCACCCAUCCUUCCAUCGUUAAGGAGGAGGAUGGCUCCACUAAGAAAUCGACGUUCGACGAACAAUCGAAAGAGAAAAUUGUGACUCUGAAGAAGCCCGACAAGAUACUCCCUUGCCCACGGUGCAGAAGCAUGGACACCAAGUUCUGCUACUACAACAACUACAAUGUGAACCAGCCCAGGCACUUCUGCAAGAACUGCCAAAGGUACUGGACUGCAGGAGGCACCAUGAGGAACGUCCCCGUCGGAGCUGGUCGACGCAAGAACAAGAACCCGUGCCAGUACCGGCACAUUUCGAUACCCGAAUCUGCUCUCCAAGCUCUCCGAUUCGAUGAGCCCUCAGCUCGUUACCCAUGUUUAACCACCAAUGGCACUGUGCUCGCCUUUGGCUCUGACACUCCUCUAUGCAACUCAGCUUCCAUGAUCAGCUCAAAGAUGGAAGAGGCAUCCGGAGUCGCACCGAAUCAAGAGGCAAACACUCAGAUUCCAUGUUUCAACGGAUCUACCUGGCCAUUUCCAUGGAACACACCACUUCCUUUUUGUGCGCCGAACGUACCGAUUCCGGUCUACCCCGCCGCAGCUUACUGGAGCUGCGCGGUGGAGCCCGGGACAUGGAACACUCCACGGCUCUCUGAGCCAGGCAAGCGUGUUCGAGAUGGGGAAGAUGGAUGCAGGCAGGUCGAUCCUGCCAAAACAUUCAGGAUCGAUGACUCUGAAGCAGCAGCAAAGAGCUCUAUAUGGACGAUGGACAGAGAGAACAUCACAGUCAACGGCGGAGGGCUCCUCAAGGCCUUCCUACCCAAGGACAACAUCAAGAACCAUGCACCGGAGGCACCGUCACUGCUGCAUGCCAACCCUGCAGCACUUGCUCGAUCCCUGCACUUCCAGGAGAGCUCUUAGACUAAACCACGCAAACUUCAACUGAAGACAGAAGCUGAAUUUUGCACGAGGAGGAAUUCCUCACUUUAAUGGUUUCACUAGUGUGCUACAGUGAGAGCAAUAGGUUCCUUUGAACAUAAAUAACUUAUUUAUGAGAAGUUGAAUGAAAAGAAUGAUUAAAUUAAUCUACCACUGCUUUU